AGCGCACCAGCAAAUGCUAAAAUCCACGUUGAGGUUUCGGCAAAGUUUGUGAUUAAUUCUCAUGGAAGUUUAGGCCAAAAACCCGCUUAUUCCAUCUGCUGUGGCUUGAGGAACGCUUAAAACAAUGAAACAGUUUAGCCUCUUCCCCGCGCUCCUGGUAAGUGCGGUCGUUUUGUUGUUCGCCGAUGUGGCGCUCGCCGGUCGGGAUUUCUACAAAAUUCUUGGCCUCCGGAAGACGGCCAGCAAGAACGAGGUGAAAAAGGCGUACAGAAAACUGGCCAAAGAGUUGCACCCGGACAAAAACAAGGACGAUCCGGAUGCGUCCCAAAAGUUCCAGGACCUGGGUGCCGCCUACGAAGUGCUGUCGGACGAUGAUAAGCGCAAGCUGUACGAUCGGUGCGGCGAGGAGUGCGUGAAGAAGGAGGGCAUGAUGGACAACUCGGACCCGUUCGCGCAGUUCUUCGGCGCAGACUUUGGAUUCGGAUUCGGUGGCCAGGAGCAGCGGGAAACGCCCCGCGGAGCCAACAUCGUGAUGGAUCUACACGUCACGCUGGAAGAGCUGUACAGCGGGAACUUUGUGGAGAUAACGCGGAACAAACCGGUGAUGAAGCCGGCCUCCGGAACGCGCAAGUGCAACUGUCGCCAGGAGAUGGUCACGCGCAAUCUAGGCCCGGGCCGGUUCCAGAUGAUGCAGCAAACCGUGUGUGACGAGUGUCCCAACGUGAAGCUGGUGAACGAGGAGCGUACGAUCGAAAUCGAGAUCGAGCCGGGAAUGGAAGAUGGACAAGAAACGCGCUUCUCCGGCGAGGGUGAACCGCACAUGGACGGCGAUCCGGGUGAUUUGAUUCUGAAGAUUAAGACGGUGCCACACCAGAAGUUUGAGCGACGUGGCGAUGAUCUGUACACGAAUAUCACGAUCAGCCUGCAGGAUGCGCUCAUCGGUUUCACACUCGAUAUCGUUCAUCUCGACGGUCACAAGGUGACGGUGACGAGGGAAAAGGUCACCUGGCCGGGCGCCCGUAUUCGCAAGAACGGCGAAGGUAUGCCAAACUACGAGAAUAACAACCUCCACGGAACGUUGUACAUCACGUUCGAUGUGGAGUUCCCAAAGACGCAGCUCAGCGAUACGGAAAAGGAAGACAUAAAAAAUCUGCUCAACCAACCCUCCAACAACCGGGUGUACAACGGUCUGCGAUACUCGUAACCUCGCUGCACACCACCAGUACACAGUGUGGCCACAGGGAUAACUAAUUAAGAGCCAUGAGACUACCGUCGGUCAGGCUCCAGGAAAUAGCUUGAUCUACUCUUAGGAAAACAACAAAUUUAGUGUAUGGCCCUAGCGAGGGACACCGGACUCCCGGUAGAUUUCUUUCCUUAGGACGUCUGCGAGGGCAGUGAAAUCGUCUAAUCAAUUUGUGACCGCGUCGGGACCGUUUUUGCGUUCCGGUAGCAAGCGGGUGCUAGCAUAUUUAUUAUUGCAAUUGUGUUAUCCCUUCCUGAACCGAUUCUUACGACGGCUUCUGUUCCCUGCGUUAGGAACAAUGCGCCCCCCCCCCUACCUUUCCUCCUUCUUCAGUCCGAUUUUGUAAAUAAUGCGUUAGUUCGAAACUAAACGAAAAUAAUUAUUACGAAAUCCAAUAAAGUCACAUGAACAAAUCA